CAAAUCAGGACUAAAAUAGUAAUUAAUUAAGUAGUAAAGUUUUAUUUUUUUACGAUAAUUAAAAUGCAAAUUCAAAAGCUCAAGAUACUUAUGAUAGGUCCUUCUGAAAGUGGCAAGUCUUUGCUAGCCAAUUUCAUAUCAGAGGCUGUGAAUUAUGAAGAUUCUGAACCGCGUCCAACUCAGGGUGUUAGAAUCGUCGAAUUUGAACUGCCAAAUCUAAGUAUAAACGACAAACAGUGCAAGGUCGAUAUUGAACUUUGGGACUGCAGCGGAGAUCAUAAGUUUGAAUCCUGCUGGCCUGCUCUUCGAGUUGGUGUCAACGGUGUUAUAUUUGUAUGUUCGUCUAACUCAACGAAUGCACCACGAGAAUUGGAACUUUUAUACAAUUAUUUCGUAUCGCAACCAAAAUUAUCUACAAAACAGUGUGUUGUAUUCUGCAACUCCACCAACGGCCAAGAGGAUGAUGGUGUUCUCAACUUAUCUCCGACGUUUUCAAGAGUUUCCCAAGUAGAAAUCCAUAUGAAUACAAGAAGAGAUCGGGUAAAAUUAGAUUUUAUAAAUUUUGUGUCAUCGAUUUUACAAUCUAUUUCUCAAAGUGAAAAUUAAGGCCUCAAAAUUAAUUUUGUGGAUACAUAUCCCACAUGGUAAAAAUAAGAAUUUAUUCACGUGUAUAAUUGUCAAAGAUCUGAGGUAAAAAUGAUGAUAUUGAGAUGAGAUUUAUCUAUUUGAGGAAAAGUUAAGAUAUUUUUUUAAAUAUGUUUCUCCUAACCCUCCUUAAUAUUUUCAAAAGCAUACCUUGGGAAAGGCAACUUACCCCAUAAAACAG